UGAGAUUCAACAAACUCUAGACUGGAAUGACCACGAUACGUGAAGAAAUGCUGCUUAAAGGCAAAACUGAAGUGGAUUUGUUUUUCAACUCAGCAAAGAACAAAAUGGAAAGUAAGCAGCGGCUGAGUUGGUUCAUGCUUGCUGUGCUUUGUCCUCUGAUCACAGGUGCUCCAUCUUUAAUGCCACAAGAAGAAGUCAAGACAUGUCCCACAGAGGGUCUGUCCAUUACUGGAGGGAGCUUUGUUAUUUCAAAUUCGCAUGGAAUUAUUGUAAAGUACAGCUGUCCAGAAGACUUUCACCCAAAUUUUCUGACACGUAAGUGUCUAGAUGGAUCCUGGGAGCCAAAGACCAAAGAAACUGCAGUGUGCAAAAAGGUUACAUGUCCAAAUCCUCGUGUUUUUGAGAACGGAGAGGUGAUUCCAUAUAAAGACAGGUACUACGUCAAUGACACAACAAAUUACACCUGCAAUUCCGAUUAUGUAUUCCGGGGAUCUCAUUAUCGUGUUUGCAAACCUAACGGGAAAUGGAGUGGAAGCACACCAAUAUGUGGACGUAACUCUGAAGACUGUCCUGAUCCCGGCGUUCCCCCUGGUAGCCAUAGAACAGGGACCAUGUUCAAAAUUGAUGACAAAGUCACAUACCGCUGUGAAAACAAACUGGCCCUGAUUGGUUCCAAACAGCGAGUCUGUCAAGAAGAUGGCCAAUGGUCAGGGACGGAACCGCAAUGUUACGCCGAUUACACAUACGACACCCCCGAGGAAGCAUCACAAGCGUUCGGGAGUUCUCUGAAGACGAAUCUGGAGUUUCAUAAACAAGAAGAUGAUCAGGAGGGGAAGUUAGUAAGACUAAAUCAGAAUGGAACGCUUGAUAUCUAUAUUUAUUUGGAUGCGUCUGACAGCAUAGAAGAAAAGGAUUUUGAAACAGCAAAGGCUGUCAUCAAGGCACUUAUAGAAACGAUCAGCUAUUAUCAGGUCUCCCCAAACUAUGAGAUCCGGAUGUUUGCCACAGAGGUUAAAGAAAUAGUCACUAUGAGAAACUUCAAGACUAUUCCUGCUGAAAAAAACCUAGAAGAGAUUUCUAAAAGACUGGAUGCAUUUUCUUAUGAAAGUAAAGGUGACCAAUCAGGGACUAAUAUUUGCCAAGCCUUUAAAACAAUUUUAGACAGUAUGGGAAUAGAAAAGAUCAAUGAUAAGAACUUCGCUCAGACUCAACAUGUUAUCAUUAUGUUCACUGAUGGUCAUGCAAACAUGGGAGGUAAUCCCAAACCUAAAGUGGAUCAAAUCAAACAUUUUAUAGCUGAUGAGAGCAAACUUGAUAUUUAUAUAUUUGGAGUUGGAAAUGAAACAAAUUUGGACAUAGAUGACUUGGUGACAAAAAGGGAUGGUGAAAAGCACUUUUUUAAGCUUCCAAAUCUGAAUGAAGUGCAGAAGACAUUUGAUCAGAUGAUAGAUGAGGACUCUAGUAAUCAACUGUGUGGGAUUCAACAAAAUGUCCCCGACAACAAACGGCGUGCGUUUCCCUGGUUGGCACAGAUUAAAAUUACACGUCUUCCGACUGGGUCAAAUUGCAUGGGGUCAUUAGUUACACCAACAUACAUCUUAACAGCAGCUCACUGCUUCAGAUUCGGAGACACACCUGAGAAGAUCACCAUUACUCUGAAAAAGAACAACGCUGAAAAUCUUAAAGUGAAACGAUUCAUACUCCAUCGUGAAUACAAUGUUGAGGCAAAAAAAAAUAUUGGAAUUCCAGAAUAUUACGAAUAUGAUGUAGCUCUUAUAGAGCUGGAAAAUGCCGUCAGUCUUGAUCGAGAGAUUCGAACAAUCUGCAUCCCCUGCACCAAGGAAACCAAUGGAGCUCUUAAACUUUCAGACAGUGAAGGAACAUGCCAAAAACAUGAGGAACUUAUAAUGGGUCCUGAUCUCGUGAGCGCUAAUUUCACGUCAGAAAUGAAGGAUGGUUCUCCAAAAUAUAUAAGAAGCAUCACCAUCAAGCAAAGAGGACUGCGGGAUGAUUGUGUUGAAGAUGCUAAAAAAGCAGAUAUAUUCAAAAAAUCAAACGCAACUUUGAAUGCAAAAGACAUCGUUACAGACAAUUUUCUGUGCAGUGGUGGUAUAUCACCAAUCACAGAUCACAUUGCUUGUAAAGGUGAUUCUGGUGGCGCCACCUACCUGCAUAAAAAUGAUCGUAUGAUUCAGAUUGGUGUUGUAAGCUGGGGUUCGAAGAACAAGUGUAAUGAUGAAAAGGACAACACCCUUUCUGAUAAAGAAAGCAGAGAUUAUCACACUAAUCUGUUCAGCCCCAAAAUACGCGAGUUUCUUCAAGAGCACCUAGGAGAAGAGAAACAAAAAGGAACACCUCUUCAUUUUUUGUCCAAAUGAAACCGUCAGUUUGUUUUGAGCAUUUGGUUUAUUUUUCAGACAAAUGUAUCAAGAAAAUUUUGUGUGAGAUUGCUGACCUUUGUUUAUCCUAUAAAACUGUCCAAUAAAUCCAGUUUAUUUUGAGUAAA